CGCGGCCGCGACGCCCGACGCCGGCGGGGCAGCGGCGCUCUGGGCUCUGCGCUGCCGGUGGUAUCUGGCGCGAACCCACGAGGUUCCGGUCCGUUCGGCGCAGAUUCUUAGACUCUGCAAGUAAAGACAAGCUCAUGUUCACAAUAUACCAUGGCUUCAUCAUCAAGCAGCCUCACUACCGGGAGAAGAACCGGCUCAAAGCUGAAGUCCAUGAAGUUGCUUGAGGUUCUGAAUGCUCUGGAGGAGGAGGAGUCUGACCAGAGUAGGGAGGAGAUCUUCAUUGCACCGCCCAACAAUGCCUCAGGGGACUUCACUGAUGAGGACUCGGGUGAUGAAGAUGGCCGGCGAGGAACGCUCCUGCCUGGCAAUGUGCUGCAUGCCUUUGUUGUGCCUGAGGACUCUGGCACCGGGGAGGAUGAUGAUGACCUGCAGCUGCAGCCAGCCAUGAAGAAGCAAAAGGCAGUAGUGGAACCUCAACAUGUUUGGACCAAAAGAGAUAUCUGCCCGGACUUCACCAGUUGGACAGCAUCGGAUCCUCAUAUGGAGGAUCUCAAAAGCCAGGAACUGAGUCCUGUAGGCCUCUUUGAAUUGUUUUUUGAUGAAGGAACAAUUAAUUUUAUUGUUAAUGAAACCAAUCGUUAUGCUUGGCAGAAGAAUGUCAACCUGGGUCUCACAGCUCAGGAAUUGAAGUGUGUUUUGGGCAUUUUGAUUUUAAGUGGGUAUAUCUCCUAUCCAAGGAGAAGGAUGUUUUGGGAAACAUCCCCUGAUUCACAUCAUCAUCUUGUGGCUGAUGCAAUUAGAAGGGACAGAUUUGAACUGAUCUUCUCAUACCUGCAUUUUGCAGAUAACAAUGAGCUUGAUGAAAGUGAUAGGUUUGCCAAGGUGAGGCCUCUCAUUGUCCGCAUGAACUACAAUUUCCAGAAGCAUGCACCCUUGGAAGAGUUCUACAGCUUUGGCGAGUCUAUGUGUGAGUACUUUGGACACCGGGGGUCCAAGCGUCUGCCUGCGGGGAAACCUGUGCGGCUGGGCUACAAGAUCUGGUGUGGGACGACCAGCAGGGGCUAUUUGGUGUGGUUCGAGCCCUCACAGGGCACACUGUUCACUAAGCCAGACAGGGGCCUGGACCUAGGAGGCAGUAUGGUGGUGAAAUUUGUGGAUGCACUUCAGACACGUGGGUGUCUGCCAUACCACAUAUUUUUUGACAAGGUUUUUACAAGUGUCAAAUUGAUGUCCAUUUUAAGGAAGAAAGGAGUGAAGGCCACAGGAACUGUUCGUGAGUACAGAACUGAACGAUGUCCCCUUAAAGAUCCCAAAGAACUGAAGAGAAUGAAGAGGGGUUCGUUUGAUUAUAGAGUUGAUGAGAGUGAGGAGAUCAUCGUGUGCCGCUGGCAUGAUAGCAGUGUGGUCAACAUCUGCUCCAACGCUGUGGGCAUAGAGCCAGCAGGGCUGACCAGCCAUCACUCGGGAGCAGCCAAGACGCAGGCCCAGGUUCAUCAGCCAUCCCUGCUGAGGCUGUACCAGGAGAAGGUCGGGGGUGUCGGCCGCAUGGACCAGAACAUCGCCAAGUACAAGGUGAAGAUCCGGGGUAUGAAGUGGUACUCGAGUUUCAUUGGCUAUGUUAUUGACGCUGCUCUUAACAAUGCAUGGCAGCUGCACAGGAUAUGCUGCCAUGAUGCCCAGGUGGACCUUCUGGCCUUCCGGAGAUAUGUGGCCUGCGUGUACCUAGAGAGCAACGCGGAUACAUCAUCCCAAGGGAGGCGAAGCAGGCGGCUGGAAACCGAGAGCCGCUUUGACAUGAUUGGGCACUGGAUCAUCCACCAGGACAAGAGGACCCGGUGUGCCCUGUGCCACUCACAGACCAACACCCGCUGUGAGAAGUGCCAGAAGGGUGUCCAUGCCAAGUGCUUCAGGGCGUACCACAUCCGGUAAUGCAUCCUGGGCAGAGGGAGCCCCCUGGAUGUUUGGUUUGUUAUGAGAUGUUUACAGCUAAUUACAUAUAGCAUUUGGGGCCUUUGUGUGUUGUGUUGACAAAAAGAGACCUGAAUCCCUGAUUUGGUUUUGUAUUCUUCCUCGUCUUCCUUACAGUUAUCUUUUUAUCAUCUUCUGUUAUGCCUACAUGUAAUAUAAAUUAAUAUUUAUGUUAGUAAUCAUAAAUGUUUAUAAAUAUAUAUUUUAUACUGUUUUUUAUUUCAA